AUGUCAAGAUCCAAUCAGGUAGUCACCCAGUUUCCGGCAUUGGAUCAUGAGCCACGUGGUCAAGGACCACCACCAUCCUAUCGAAACUCCGCGGCAACCGAGGACUCAUGGAGUACAAUGUCCGGAAGUGGGCCUAAUCAAGCCAUGUCAGGACAGCGAAGAAACAGUUGGACCAACCUAGUUCAAGUUGGCGGUGAUCCAAUGGUGCCAAAGCAAGCGCCACCCCGUCCAGCUGCUCCAAUGUCGACCACAUUCUCCGCUACCUCCAGAUCCUCAUCUGUAUUGGCUAUGCAACAACACCAACCCACAGUUUUUACGACACAAUUUUCGGAGGUUGAGACAGUGCAUGCGCGAAUUCAGUCGGUCCGCUACAUUGAUGAGAAUGGUGAUGAUAGUGGUAGAAGCACCAGCCGAGAUACGGUGACCGAGACCCAAGGACAACCUCUCCAGCCACAAAAAGUGUUCUCGACUGAUCCAAGACUCGUGUCGAUUCCAAGACCAGCUGGAACGAUUCACAGUUCUGGAAGUAUGCCAGCGUCGAGAUCUGGUUCUAUAAUUAUUGGUCCAAACCCAUCACCACCAAGACAGAAAAAGAAGGGGAAGGAUGCGAAGAGGAAAGAUGAUAACAAGCCAAAGAGGAAUAGGAUGCAAGAGUUGAAAAAUUUCUGCCAAGGCAAAAAAGUGGCGGGAUGUGGCCUCUGUCUCCUCGUCGUCCUUAUCGUUGCCAUCGUCAUUAUUAUCAUCCUCUCCCAAGUUCUUCCUACUCCAAAAACCGCGAACUUCACCUGGAUUGCCCCUCCUGCUCUCACCAACGGACAGAACUCAUCGUCUCGAAUUGACAUGAAGACUGAAAAAGGGGGCAGAAUCCGGUUCCAAAUUACUGGUUCCCCGCCGAUCAAGGGAAAUUAUAUCAACUACUAUGAUUUCGAUAAGAACCAAGUAGUAGUCAUCGAUCAAUCCCUGAAUGCCAACGGAAAGAAUCUCUAUUGUUUCAUCGUUCCUCUCGAUAGAUCCUCCAUGCCAAAUGCAGGAGAUGUCCGAAAAGCAGCAAAGAGUUCAGUGUUGAGACAUCAACAAGAAGAUGGAUGGCAACAAGUUUGGUCGUGGAUUCCGAGUCCACUUCAACAGACAAAUGCAGCUCAGAGCAUGUUCAGCCCACCAAUUCCUGAGUGCAAUGGGUCGAGAAUUGUUCAGUUGCAGCCGACAUCUGAUCAGAGAAACCGCCGCUGUACCGACUGCUACGACUUCUGUCUCCCCCAAUACGGAAUAAUGCGAAACGCCUCUGACAACGACAAGGAAUACCUGAACAUCAAACAACAAGACUGCUUCUAUCUCUUCGUUCCAGAGUGGAGAACUUAUGCUCAAGCGAACACAAUGGAACAGAACCAACAGGAUUACGAGAACUACUACCGUAACCGUCAACACCUGCAGGUCUCCUAUGGAAGCAACGGACCAAAUGACAGUCGAUGGAUUCCAUUGAGUGGAAUGCCACGUCAAAUGAUGAAUGCGACUGGAGCAUUUGUUGGACAAGUUGGAAAUGCCAUUGGAAAUUUGGGAAGUAAUGUGUAUGGAAUUGUAACUGGACAAGGGCAACAGCAAGGACAGCAAGUCCCUCAGAACAUGCAAAACUCAGUGAACCCCCAAGCAGUUCAACAGCAACAAAACUAUGGAGUUCCAGUGAAUGGUUCACCAGGACCCAUGAACACUGUCAGUGGUGCGUUCGGAGCAAAUGGACAGUAUCAAAAUGCCCAAGUUGCUCAAAUGCAACAACAGAGAAUUCAAAAUCAACAGCAACAAAUGCAACAGAAUCUUCAACCAUCUGGAUAUCACCCUGCUGUGAAUGGAGUUGUAAAUUUGAAUGGAGUGAAUGGAGUCAAUGGGAAUACUGAAUACAAUGUACAGCCAUAUCAGGGAACUGGAAGUAAUGGACAGAAUAUUGGACCGGAGAUGAGAAGACAAGUGGGUGCAGAGGUGCUUAUGAAACUACGGACUUGUAGACUGGAGAUGGGGGUAGUGACGUAG